AGGCAGAGUGAGAGCUCUUUACCGUGUAAGCCAUCUCCGUGUUAGCUAAACAGCAUGACCUACCCGCUUGACACCAGUGUGUAAGAUGGUGAAAGGCAACGUUGUUUUUCGGCUAUUUAUCUAAAAGACAGAGACAUAAACAAGGUCGAGGAACUCUGUGAAGAUGCCGGCCGGUGUGUCUUGGCCUCGGUACCUGAGGAUGUUCAGUGCCAGUAUACUGGCCAUGUUUGCAGGAGCACAGGUCGUCCACCAGUACUACCUACCUGAUCUGAGUAUACCAGAGAUCCCACCAAAGCCAGGGGAGCUUCGGACAGAACUGCGGGGCUACAAAGUCAGAGAAGAAGCUGCCACUGCAUUUCAACAGUUAAAAGCAGAGCAAAAGGUGGACUGAUGUGGAAUCAUAAAUCCUCUGUGUGAUGGACACUCAAGCAGACUUUGUCCAGUUUUUGCCAGCAGCUAGAGACUGAAAUGUGCCUGGGAGAAGAGUCAUUUCUGGGACAUCUGCAAAUAGAUAUCUUCUGUGUUUGGUGUUUUCUUCUACUGGAACAAACAAGAGUGGAAACAAAUGCUAUACGAUUAGUGUUUUUCCACGUGGAAUGAGGAUUUUAUCUGGAGCCCGAUCAUUUUGUUUAUGCAAACAGUUGCCUCCAUCUGUUUUCAGUACAUCUCUUCGUCCUUUUUUGAAUGUGUUUGUAUUUGUUGACGGAGUAAUGUAAAAGAGAAAGAGAACGCUUUAUGAACACACAGCAUCUGUGCUAAGGUGAUUAAGUAGUUGGUAGUUUCAAUCAGGCAAACAAAAUGUAUUUUAAAUAAAACUAUUAAACUAACA